AUGUCAAAGUCAGCUGUCGUGUUUGGCGCAUCCGGCGUGACCGGAUGGUCCUUCGUCAACGAGAUCCUCUCCGACUAUCCCGAGAAGAACAUAUGGAAGCGGGUUCAUGGACUCAACAAUCGCCCCCUCGCCCCAAACCAGACGCAAUGGCCAGAGGACCCGCGCCUAAACCUGGUCUCUGGCAUUGACCUACUCGCGCAUAGCCAAGAGAGUCUCAACAAGGAGCUAGUAGAGAAGAUACCGGACGUCGGGGAGGUGACGCACGUAUACUACUUUGCGUACAAGGCGGGCAUGGAUGUUCAAAAGGAGUUGGACGAGGCUGUGGAAAUGUUUUCCAAGGCAGUGACAGCUAUGGAUAAGCUGUGCCCGAACUUGGAAUACGUUGUGUUGCAAAUCGGCUCGAAGAUCUAUGGCUGCCAUCUCCUCGCUGCACUUCCGUGGUUCGAUGAAGUCGCUCCUCCGGGCACCACCGGGCCCAAACUCCCUCCACCGCCGCUCAAAGAAUCCUACCCCCGCAUACCCAGCCCGUACGCCGAGAUGCUGUUCUACCACGCACAGAACGACUGGAUCGCCAAUUACGCCAAAGACAAGAAAUGGAGCUGGAUCGAGACUCGUCCCGAUCUCAUCAUUGGCUACGUGCCCAAUCAGAACUUCUACUCGCUGGGUACAUCCUUGGGUAUCUAUCUGAGCCUCUACAAGGAGAUCCAUGGCGAGGGUGCUGAAUGCCCAUUCCCUGGCAACCAAGGAGUCUGGAAAGCGCUGAGCAACGAUAGCAGCAGCGACAUGAUUGCGCGCCAGACCAUCCACCUCACACUCUGCCCCAACACCAAGAAGGGAGAGGCCUACAACGUCGCCGACUCCAAGACACCUUCAAACUGGGAGAAGAAAUGGCCUAUUCUGUGUUCCUACUUUGGCCUCAAGGCCACUGGGCCUGGUGCCACUCCCAUUGAUGUGCGCAAGUUCAUCAACGACAACAUGGAGACAUGGCUGGCAAUGGAGAAGAAGUAUGGGCUGCAACAUGGCCAUGUGGACGGUGGUCGUGGACUUCAGAUUGCCGAAUCGAUGCUCAUGACCAAGUUCGACUUUGAUCGUCAAUUCGAUAUGACCAAGAUGUACUCAACAGGAUUCACCGAGGAGAGGGAUCCGAAGCAGACUUGGGGAACUGUCUUUGACAGGAUGAGGAAGGCCAAGAUUAUCCCGUAG